AUGAGAUCCCGAAGUGCGCACUUCCCUGUGAGUCAUGUGCCUGAAGCCUUUCUCAAAUCUAAGGGCGCCUCUCAUUCUGCUGCUUCUGAGGUGCCACUUCCUGUGACAUCCGUGGAAUUGAGCCACAAGGGCUCAGAUUCUCGGAGAGAGCCGACACCAGGAGCGACUCUUCCUAUGCCUGGUGAGGGAUCCAAUCAGUGGGCCCCACAUGUUCGUGCGAAUGAGGCCCUCCAAGAUACUUCCAAAAGAACGACAUCAGGGGGUCCCCAGACGGCUUCUUCCAGAAGAGUGACAUCGGGGGGCGCCCUGAAGAUCUCUAGGGACUCAAUUGGCUUGCCUUCUGUUCCCCGAAGCCCUCGGAGCAUGCCAGUGCCCUUGUAUUCAUCCAAUGGGGACAAAACCUCUGGACCUUGUCGGAGGGGGGCUUUCCACAAGGGUCACCGAGAGAUGGUAGGGAGUGAAGACGAGUGCCUACUGCACCACGCGGCGGAAGCGGGGCUGCGCGGCGUUCCCUGCCCCAAUUGUCACUUUGUGGUGCCACUGCAGCAUAUUGCGCUUUGUGCAGAGUGGCAUAUUAGACAAGCGUCUCCGCUAGCUGCCCCUGGCUCUCAAGGGACUGGGGAGGCCCACUCGGGAGCUCUUCGUGGGGGCCCCCAGCCACCUGUGGGGCUCCCCCUGCAUGCACCGCUCUCGUCCACGGUGGUAGCGGGUCCUGCACAGUCAGGAAGAGUUACGGGAUGGCCUCAGCCGCAGCUUCAACAAGCAGAGUAUGGGGGACCGUGGAGGAGCCCCCAGCAACCCGUAAACGAGGGCAUAGACCUCCGGGCCUUGCUGCAAGGGGGGCCUUCCUUUAUAAGGGGCAGUACUCUGAAACCACUCGUCCAAAAAACAGUCCAAGGGGGGAGCAUUUGGGGUUCCGUCCCUCCUUCCUUUCUUUUGAGCCCUUUCAAUGUUCACACGUGGGCUGCCUGA